AUGGAAAUCAACGAGGAGUUUACCGAUGUUUACAAUGGAGUGAAAUUCAGGUGGUCUUUGGUUUCUAAGAAAACGCCGACGAGAGAAUAUUACAACAACGAUGAUAUGAGCGGAUCUUCCCGAUCCGAUAUUCGAUUUCUCGAGCUUUCAUUUCAUCGGAAACACAAGGAUCUGGUGUUGAACGAGUACCUUCCGUUUAUAAUCAAUGACGCGAAAACGAGGAAAAAAGAAGAGAAAAGCGUGAAGCUAUUCACCAUCGAUACGAAGAUGGCUUACUCCAGCUACCCAACGGUGUGGACGUCGGUGAAUCUAGAACAUCCGGCGAAUUUUGACACGUUGGCGAUGGAUACAGAUAUUAAGGAGAAGGUGAUGAAGGAUUUGGAUAGGUUUAUACAGAGAAGAGAAUAUUAUCGAAAAGUCGGAAAGGCGUGGAAGAGAGGCUACCUGUUGUAUGGUCCACCGGGAACGGGGAAAUCAAGCUUGAUCGCUGCCAUGGCGAAUUACUUGAAAUUUGACAUAUAUGACUUGGAGUUGACUGAUAUAAAGUCAAACUCGGACCUGCGGCGGUUGUUGGUGGCGACGGCUAACCGGUCCAUACUGGUGGUGGAGGAUAUUGAUUGCUCUGUGGAGUUGCAUGACAGGCUUGAAGCAGAAGCGGCGAAAUCUUUAGCGAAAGAAAUGCGACGGCGAGGUUAUGCGGAAGAACGUAAGGUAACUUUAUCUGGAUUUCUCAAUUUUAUUGACGGAUUGUGGUCAAGUUGUGGUGAUGAAAGGAUUAUCAUAUUUACUACAAACCGAAAAGAUAAGCUCGAUCCUGCACUUCUUCGCCCUGGUCGUAUGGACAUGCACAUCAAUAUGUCAUACUGCACUCCAUGUGGAUUCCGGUUGUUGGCCUCUAACUAUCUUGGAAUCACUGAACAUGGUCUUUUUGAACAAAUUGAGGAUUUGAUUAGUAAGGUGGAGAUUACCCCGGCUGAAGUAGCAGAGCAACUACUGAAAGAUGAUGAUCCUGACAUUGCUCUCGAGGGCCUCAUUAAUUUUUUUGAUGUGAAGAGGCAGGAGAAUGAAGAGGCCAAAGCAAAGGCAAAAGAAGAAGAAAAAGAAGAAGAAUUGGCCAAAGCAAAGGAAAAUGAAAAAGAAGGAGAAGAAGAAGAAGAAGAAUUGGCUGCAAAUGAGAAUGGAAAGAAGAAAUAA